ACCCCUUCCUCUGUCUCCCUUCCCCUUCAGCUCCUUGAGAGAACUGAAACCUUUCCAACAGACCUCAUGAGCUCUCACUGCCUCAUUUAAGAGGCUGCCUAAAUGGUCCCCAUUCCAUUCCAACAGAAUCUUUUUCAUCUUGAACAUGAAGUGAAGACCUAUACAGGCCAUGUGCUCCAGGAGCCUUGAACUGCUCUUUCUCUUUGUGAUACUGAUGUUGGGCAAGCCAGGAGCAUACGGGAAAAAUGCUGAGAACUGCACAGCUGUUGUUAAUGUUAUACGGCAUACAGCACACUGCAUAAAGUCUGGAAAUUCAUUCAGCAUAGAAUGCCCAGUGACAUAUUGUCAAAAGAAGCCUGAAAUGAAGUGGUACAAACAGAACAAUCACAGAGAAUUACCUUUGAAUGAUGGACAAAGGUACACAUUUACAUGGAUUAAUGACAAUGUUUUUGCUUUGAAUUUUUCAUCUGUUAAUAAGAAUGACAGUGGACUGUAUUACUGUGAGAGUAUUUCAGGAAACCAAAAGGACAAGGGCCAUUUCAUAAACAUCACUGUUCAAGAGUAUGACGCAAACACUACAGAUGAUCAUGGAGCAUCUAAAAAGGACAAGGCAUGGAUUAUUUAUCUCCUCUCAUCACUGGGUGCACUGUGUCUCAUUGCUGUUAGCUGCUUGGGCCCAUUAUAUUUCAUAUGGAGGCACCCAGUUAAAAACAAGAAGAUUUCAUCCGCUUUGCAAAUUGAAAUGAAUGUGUUUAAUAGGUAUUCAGAUGUAAAGUACUACAAUGAUAAUAGCAUUGUUGUCCCAGAUGAAAGAUCUGUGCUACAUCAUGGUGCUGCUACACCUGGCUUGAAGUACAAACAUGGCAGCACUGUCUGUGAUGAUCAAGUCAGUUUCUGGAAAGCAUUUAGAACAACAUCAAAUCUGGAGCAUCAUCUGUCUGUCACCAGUAUCCACCACUUCCCAGGUGAAGAUCAGAAUAUGAUUGUUUAUGCAUCUCUGAAUCAUGAGGAACGUUCUCAAAGAAGUGAACCCUCAGUAGAAAUUGAACUUACAGAAUAUGCCACUAUUGGGCAGAAGAAUUAAUUCUGGCCAGUAUUUGUGCUUUCAUUUAUGAAUGACAGCCAAUGUGCUCAACUGUAGCCUAAUAAACUUUCAGAGAAAUAUAUCUUUAUUUACUGCAUGCAUAUCAGCGAAUCAGUUUUCACCGGUAACAUUCUUUUGUUCAAAGAAAA